AUGUCCCUCUCCACACUCAGACCACCCCAAACACAUGGUGAUGAUGACCACGAUAUCCUCACACCAUGCUUCCAACACCAAACCUUCUUCGACCACGCCUUCACGCACUACAUGACCUUCCGCCAGCCCCUCCGCUUCUGGUACGGCCAUCCCCUACGGCGUAUCAUCAAAGGCAACCCAGCCUACGCCACCAAACUCUCCUCCUACCCCAUCACUGAACUCUUCAAAUUCCACCAGUCCCUGCAGCUCCGUCUAAUGAACUACUUCCCUGAACGGCUCUACUUCGAAACUCACCCUCGUCUCCUCCAGCCCCUGAUCCGCGCUGAAAAAAUGCCUGGGCUAGUGAAAACCGCCUUUCAGGGCCGAGACCGGUUUCUCAGCGUGAUGACGGCGUAUAUCGAUCUUGUCAAGGACGGGGCUACGGAUGUGCAGCUCAUCAUGGUGCGUCCGUUUCCGCGGGAUAUGCUUGAGGAUCAGGAUUGGAAGGCGUGUAUAGCGCCGCAUUGCCGGAUCUUCUAUCUGGAAGUCCAGCAGACCCUAUUCCUGCGCAUCUCCACGGAGACGCGCUACGCUGAGUCCUUCCCGACCUGUCAAUUGCGAUAUGACGACUCUGGCGAUGGCGUCGAGGGCCACGCGCUGUCGAGGAUUACGUACGGUCUCAAGAAACAUCUCGCGGCUAUGAAUAUCCUUGAAUACGAGAUUCUGUCAUUGCAAACCCGCCGCUCGCAGGGUAUUCCCUCCUACCCUGAAGAACAGGAACACCUCGCCUCGUCACACUCCUGCGAGCGAAUGUUCAUCUCCCUUUGCACCACCAACCUCGACGGCGACCUCGACGAAAAUGGCAACCCCUGGCCAUCGCUAGUCAUCGAAACAGGCCCAGCCUUUGACAACACCGCCUCCCGUUCCCUGCUACACUACGCUGUAGACUGGUGGUUCACGCAAAGCCGCGGCUUGACGCGAAUCGUGCUCCUGCUCUUCUUCAACUACCUGGAGACCGAGACCGUCGUCGAGAAAUGGGUGCGCAGCAAACAGCCGCCGUUCAGGAAGCGUCUAGCGCAGACGAUUAUUAUUAGCGUGCAUGAUUGUCUCCCGCACGAGACGCUGGCGUCGACGUGCGAAAUCGAGGUGUCCGGGGAACGAUUGGUGUUGGGUAUAGAAGCGCUGCUUGGACGGCCGAAAGGGGCGGGGGAGGAGGAUGUGGUCUUCGAUAAGGGGUUUUUGGCUGGUCUAGCGAAUGGGUUUUUGCUUGUGUGGCCGAAUAUUGGGCCGAAGAGGUAUGAGGCGCUGCAUCCGAAGCCGAUGCCGGGGGAAAGACAGGUAGAGUCUAUUCGGAUGGCUGUUGAGAGGCAAUGA